CUACUGUCUUCGUUCAAGUUGUCAUCCAAUGGCCUCCAUUCCUACUCUUGUGUUCGGCGGAGGGACAAUCGCAGAUGAUGGAAGUUUUACAACCGCUGCAGAUGUCUCGAGUUUACUCGAGACCCUCAAAUCAGAGGGCAUCACUCAAAUUGACACUGCGCAGCUCUACGGAAAGGGUACUAGCGAGCAGCUCAUUGGGCAGGGCAAGGGUAUAUCAGAAUUCCUCAUCGAUACCAAGCAUGUCGGAGGAUUUGAUGCAGGAAGCUCAACUCGAAAGGGGGUCUUUGACCGAGCAAUUGCUAGCCUGGAAAGACUCGGAGUUGAGAAAGUGAACAUCUUCUAUCUUCAUGCCCCUGACCCUCAAGUACCCCUCGAAGAAACUCUUGCCGGAAUCAACGAUCUCUAUCAAGCAGGAAAGUUCAACAGCUUUGGGCUGUCCAACUUUGACGCCGAUGAGAUUAAAAAAGUCGUGCGCCUUGCGACCGAGCAUAAUUACAUUCUUCCGAAAGUCUACCAAGGAAACUACAACGCGAUUGCUCGCCAUCUGGAUAGUGACAUUCUGCCCACUCUGCGCGAGAAUGGAAUCACAUUCUACGCCUAUAGCCCCAUCGCAGGCGGAUUCCUCACCAAAACCACCGCCCAGCUGACUUCCGGCUCGAAGGGAGAGGGUCGUUGGAAUCCGCAGUCCGCGGUAGGAUCCUUUUAUCACGCUCUGUACAAUAAACCUGCUCUCCUUGAAGCAUUAGACAAGUGGAAUGCCAUUUCCGAGGCGGCCGGGAUUCCCAAAGCUGCACUUGCGUACCGAUGGGUUGCGUUCCAUUCGGCUCUUGAUGCACGACUUGGUGACGUCCUCGUCAUAGGAGCAAGCAGUCUGAAGCAGGUGAAACAGACUGUCGCUGCACUGAAAGAAGGUCCUCUGCCUCAGAAGGUGGUCGAGGAGAUCUCGGGCUUGUGGGAGCUUGUGAGGAACGAUGCAGUUGUAAACAACUAUGACAUCGUUAGGUCAGCCUAGAGGCUGACAGACUUGAUGCUUUUUCAAUCUAUUAUACUUCACAGACCGAG